UCACUAUAUAUUAAUAAUACCGAAUAAAAAAUAUAAACAAUAAUAUUAUAGAAUUACACAAUAUAUAAUACUAAAUAGAAAUUAUAUAUUUAAAAAAAUUGUAAUAAUAUCAGAUACAUUUAUAAAAUGAAAAAAUAUUCACACGGUCGUGCAGGUUAAAAUCUAGUUUUAUGUUAAAUAACUUAUAUUAUAAAUUAACACAUCUAAUUAUAAAUUCAUUCAUCUUUUAUAGUAUUGUGUAAUAUUCAAUAACUCUAAACCAAUAGUAAUGUAAUAAAUUCAAUAAUAUUUAAUUAUUACUUUUUGACGUUUAAAUUUUAUUUAUAUAACUAGUAUAAAGGCAUUAUAAAGCUUCAAAAUCUAUCUUGGUUAAUCAGAAAGAAAGAAAAACUAAAAAUCCUCAUUUUAGAAAAAGCGGGAGUAUGAUUUGCUUGUGCUACUGCUGAAUUUCUCUAAAAUUUAAAUAUGAUCUUGUAAGAGUUAAGAGUUCAAUACAUAAUUUCAUAGCUAGAAUUUGUUUUGUCAAAUAUGGUUAGUUUAAAGAAAUUGACAUGUGACCCUUAUUUUUUUUGAUCAAGACAUGAGACCCUUAUAAGUAGUUUACAUGUCGUUUUAAACUACAUCAUUUCCACCUUUUUUAAUAUUUAUAUGGAGGAAAAUGUGACACAUCUUUCUUCAGCCGUCACAUACAAAUGCCAACUUCGCUAUGUAAAUACCUCCGUAAUAUAUAUAUAUAUAUAUAAUAUAGCUAGAGAUAACGCACCAAACAAUUAUUCGAUGAAGAUGAUAAAGUAAUCAUAGAGUAGUUCGAGAGAUAUGAUGAAUAUUCGAUGAAGAUGAUGAAUACAAGUCCAAAAACUUAGAACCUAAAGCUGAGCGUCUUUACAUAUAUAUAUGAAAAAAAUUACUGUCAGACGAUUCAAUCUAACAUUCUACAAUACACCAUAGCUUCUGAAAUUAUGUAUACAUCAUCACAUUUUUAUAUCAUAUGCUCAUUAUAAACUUCAAAAAAUUUACUAAACACCAUAUUUUAGUAUGUUCAUGUAACAUUUUGGAUAGUUCAAAUAUUAGCAAUUUGUUUAAUUCAAUACAAUUUCAUACCUCAACCUUGGAUAUAAUAUUUAGUGAUUCUGAUCCACCUUAAAAAAGAUAUGUAUGUUUUUUGCUUUACAUUAUUUUAGAAAUUUAAUUUUUAUAUUUAAGAUUUUUAGUCAUAUUUAUGUUUUUUUGUAUAAUAUAUUUUUUUAAAUGAUUAAUAAAAAGUUUUAAUAAUUGUAUUAAAAUAAUUGGGCCACACUUAUAUCAAUAGAUCAUAUUGCUAUUUUAACAGAAUAGAUUCUUGUUUAAACAAUAAGAGGUAACAAUAUUUAAUUGGUUUGAACUUUGAACAUUUCAAACCAACUUUUUUUAUCAUACCAAAAGCUUUCUAUACCCAAAAACUAAUCACUACGAGGUCUGUAGCAUCCGCGUUUUCUUACCACGCACCGGAUGGCCAAGAGGAAUUGAACCCAGGGCGGUACUCACACCUGUGAGCUAUUUACCAUUAGGCCAAGACCACUUGGUUAAAAAAUAGACUAUAUUUAUAUAUUUGAUUUAAUCAUUAUAAACUGCUUUAUGCUUAAGAAAAUACAUUUAUCAAAACUUCUGCUGUGUAUAUAAUUAACCCUAACGCAUGUUUCAUCUGUCGCUACCAAAUAACAAACUAAAAAGAUCUUAUUUUUUCUCAUCCAAAUUUUUCAUGGAGAGUUCAAUGAACAAAGCGUUCAUGACGAGCAAGCAUGAAACGGCAACGUUUUCAAGCGACCAAACUCCAGAAGAAAGUAGCUGGACAAUGUAUUUCGAAGAUAUCUUUGAGUCUUCUUCAAGUAUUGUCGAUGUCGGGGAGUUCAGCUCUUCCUCCGUCUCCGACGCAAUGUCUUUCGUAGCGACUAAGAAGACCCUCCACGUUUCUAAACAAGAAGCAUCUAAUUCUUCAAACAAAUUCAAAACUAAGAGGACAGGAAAUAGAGAGAUUCCUUUUGGUCGUCAUCAUGAUCUUGAAGACACUGCCUCUUCUCCCUCACGCAGCCCUAACGUCUAUAGCAUGAUGACCUCAUUGGACGACAACACGAGACACGGGGGUGGCGUAGUUGGUGAAAACACAAAUAAUGUAGUGAAAGGAGAGAAUGCAGUGCACAACCAAGUUGGAUUAUCGGUAGAUUUGAAGCAAAAAGGGCUUUGUUUGGUUCCCAUGUCUAUGGUCACCAAAUUUCUUGGUUAAUUAUAUACAUAAUUCCUUAUUCAUUUUCAAAAUGAACUUUUCUUUCUCUUACAAUACUAUUAUUUUAUUAGUAAUACGUGCGUGUGUAACAAAUUACGUUUUGCACGUGAGUUUUAUGGGCAUUCCUAUUAUUAUCUGAAUACAUAUUUUUUUAUAAUAAUAGAUAUAAUUUAUCUUUUGGAUAAACAGAAACAAAGAUGCAAAUUUUAUAUAUCUCCACCAAAAUAAUCCGCUACACAUUAUUUGAAAUUUUUGUUUUUAAUUUUGCUUAUAUGUCAUCACCAUAUUCAUCUUCAUUAGAAAAAGAUUACAUGUAUCUUAGUAAAAAUGAUGACAUGUUUAAAUUCUUAUAGUAAAUGUCAAUUUUUUUAUGUAGUUUUGAAUUUUUGGUAAGAUGCUUUAAAUAUAACAAUAACUUAUAGAUGUAUCACCAUUAAUAUAAAAUUUAAACUAGUAACAUAAUUCUAAAAAAAUGUUUUGCAUUAACUUAGAUUUUUUUUUUUAAAUUAGAUGUGAAUAAAUUUUAAUUAAAUGUUUGAAUUAUGAUUUAAUUCAAUAAAUGGUAUAAAAAAUAAUCAAUUUAGUAAAUUUAUUUGUAUAUGAUCACCAUAAAAUAUGUUUGUUGAACAAGUUUUAGUCGACUUAUUGAGUUAAUUAAUAAAUUAAUUUAUAUCACUUAUAUUUAAAUAUAAUUCAUAUUUUAUUGAGUCAGUUUAUAAAUUAUUUAAUAAACUAAUUUAUUAUUUUAAUCUAAUUUAAAAAGAUUAAAAACUGAAAUGUAUACAUUUAAAUAUAUGUAUACAUAAAUAAACAUAACAUAUUUUAUAGUAUAAAUUUAACAAAAUUUAUAAAUAAAAAAUAAAAUUGAUAAGACAAAGAAGUAUAAUUUAUGAAAAUUAUUUAUAUUUAUACUAAAAUGGUAAGAAGUUUUUUUUAAAUAUUAAAAUUUGAAUUUUUACUUUUAAAAUAAUAUAUUAAAUUUAUUAUCCUGCGUAUGGCACAUGAAACUCCUAGUAUAUAUUUCAUAGAAAGAAUAAAAGUGAGAAUUGUAAUUAUCUUUGUAACCAAAUUGUUUUACGGUGUUAGAAUCUUUCCUAUAUAUAGAAAUAAUAAGUAAGUUAUACGAACCACUGAAAGCAAAUAAUUGGAGUUUUGAAGUCAACAAAGCGAGAGAAAGUGAGAAUGUUUUUGCUCAGAUAUGUCAUCUAAGCCACAGUACAUUCUGUUUGGCGUGAAAGAAAUGGGAGACACGACGGAGAGCAUCCCCAAGCUGCGGCUCAGCUUUGUAGGGUUAUUGCGAUGACAGUCUGGUUUGGAACAAGGAACUGAACAAGGAACUAUUAAGUCUGCUUUUUAAGUUUUUUUCAGUACUAUUUUUUUUUUCUUUUUUAGACUUUCAAAAUACAGACAUGUUAAAAGGUCUUUUGAUCUGAAUAAAUUUAACAUUCAUUCAAAAUAAUAAUAAUAAGUAAGUUAUUGUGUUCAUAUGCAUCUUUUAAGUUUUUAUUUUUACAUUGAUAUCACUCAAUGUAACUAUCGCUUUGCUAAACGUUUUUUAGUUUGUUAAAAAACUCUUGUAAAAUUUGAUGAAAAACAAUUAAAAAAAAAACUAAAAGGAGUAGAACCACACAAGGUUUUUUCCAACGAACAAAAUAUCAUCUUAUAAAUUGUUAAAUAUGUAUUCUAAUACUGUAGAUAUGUUUUCUGAAUAUAGUGGUGAGUAAUGAUUUUAAUAAAAAAUAUUGGUUGCAUUGUUUUUCUUGAUCGAUCAUGAGGAGUUAUACCUUAAACUUUAACCGCUUCUAGACUCGGAAUCAAUCCUUACUAAUACUAUAAACACAGCGUAGAGAUUUUGUUUUACAAAUGCUCAAACUAAGAGCACAAUAGUCUCAAUCACUAUGUUUAACCACUUGCAUACACAAUGGUGGUAAUAAUGGUUGCAUUGUUGCAUGAUUUUUACAGAAACCACACAUCCAAUAUGGCAACCCAACCCCUAUUAUCAAGGGAGCUGGGGCCAUGUAUGCUUGUCAUUUUGAGUAUAUACAAUGGGUGUUAAAUUUUACUUUGAACUAUUGAAUAUUUGCAAUAGACCUGUUGAAAACCUAAAAAAACUGAGAUGGAUUAUUUCGUGUUGGUUGUUUUCAACAUAUUGAAAGUGUUUUAUGUGAACCCACUAUAUUGAUUUUGCUUCACUUUAAACCACAUAUAGGAAAAAGCAUGAUCGAAUAUGAGCAAUUUUCUUUAAAAAAAUAAAACAUUAUAUAUUGGUACACAUGUAACUAUGUUAUUGGUUGUUUGAAUUCUUUACAUCCUAAUAACUUGAGAUCAAUUAUUUUUAAUUUUAUUGUUUACAAAAUAAUAAAAAGGAAAAUAUGAGAUAAAAUUGUGGAUAAGGAUUUAUGAUGUUGAGUUUUAUUAAAUAAAUUAUUGUAAAUAUAAAAAUCGGAAAAAUGUUAAAUUAAUAGGUGGAAGAAAGAUAAGAGGAUGCGUUAUAUUUGAAGUAUAAAUUAGGGUGUUGAAUGUUAAAAACCAUUAUAUGUAAACCAUAAUAAUAUGUUCAAACUAGUGUUUUUUUAGAAUAUAUAACCGUGCAACAAAUUGCAUAUUUUGCAUGUAAACUAAUGUUAAAAACCAUUAUACGUAAACCAUAAUUGUACGUAAAUCAUAAUAAUAUAACCGUGCAACAAAUUAUGUACUUUGCAUGUAAGGAUGUGAUUGGUGACUAAACAUAGAAAUGAUAAAGCUAUGAUAGAUGACUGUGCCGCCUCAGAUCCAAUACUCCAAUACCAUACACUUAUUUUAAUGCAAAUAGUAAAAUAUUGUAAAACAUUAUACACAAAAUAUUUUUUUUCAUCUUACAAUGAAUUAAAUAUUAUUAUUCUUAUAUUUAGAAUAUUAUAUAACAAAAUAAAAAAUAACUAAAAUAUAUACAAUAAUAUAUAUAUAUAUAUGAAAAUAGUAGAUACACAAAAAACAAAUUUAGUCAAUCAUAAUAGCAAAACCAUUUAAAAUUAUAAAAGUCUAUAUUUUUUUCUAAGAAAAUCCAAUUAAAAACAAAACAAUAAAAAUCAUAAGAUACACUCGAACUUUGAUGUAUAUUAUUGUGCAUGGUAGGUCUCGUACUUUUGUUCAUGUGAUUGAAUCACAAGUGGUUCUGUAAUAUUUUACUGUUUCUACAAUAAAUUUAAUUGUUGAAUGGAGGAAAAAAAUGAUUUUGCCCGUUUCACACUAAUGGACCACUUUAUAUAUGCUCGCCAUUCAAAACAUAAGAGUACUACCAACUCCACUCAUUUUCCACUUUAUAAUGAAAUAAAAAUAAAUUUAUUCUAAAAUAAUAAUGAAUUACUUUUAUUUGUUAUUUUAUUUUUUACUUAAUAAUAUAUUAGAAUUGGAGUAAAAGCUUGAAAUAGAUAACUUAUGAGGCUUUCUCUCUCUACUCGUUUCUCUCACUAUUUUCCUCUCGUUGAACCCGAGCUUGCCUCCGCUGCAUGGCUGUUUUGCCGCCGCCGGAUGGCUUUCUCCUCCCCUUUGCUCCUUUGUCUACUCUCUCCUCUCCCGAUGAUAUGUGGGUUACUCUCGAGAAAGAGCUCCCUUGAUGACAGAUUCACAGCCGGACUUGAUGGUUGUUUGACUCUCUGGUGUGACUACGAGGUUGGAAAGUGGCGCGGAUCAGAGGCGGCUUUUCUGGGUUUUGAGUGGGUUCAAUUUUUUCUCUUUUCAGACUCACUUUCACGAGACAGUGGCGCGUGUGGGGGUUGAGGCAGCUCCUCCUUCAGAUCCAGGCUUCAAUCUUCUAAAUCUUCAUGUCGUGGUCUGCUUUGAAGGUGCGGUGUCAAGGUUUCAAUUUGGUGGCUUUCCUCGACAUCUUGGUUGGCCAUAUCCUUCGUCUCGGCAUCAUGUGAGCUCUGGAUUACCCUAUUCUCGGAGACGUGUCUCUCCUAGCGGCUUUUCUGGUGCGUGCUAGAGCUUCUAGUGUCGGCUUGUGCAGGUUCAAUGGUCUACAUCCCGAUUUGGUAGUCUAUGGCCACGUCGUUGUGGUUCCAGAUCUCUCUCUCUCAUCUGCAGUGUCUUUAUCCGGCAUUUUUUUAGUCCGCCUCUGAAGCUGCCAGAAAGUUUCUUUGGCGUUUACUCAUGUGUUUCCAUGUGGUGGUUGUAUCUAUUUCAUUGAUGUGACAGUUUGACGGUGUGAAGCUAGCAAUGUUCCGGUUCUCAGAAAGUGCAAAUAGUGAGGCGGAUGUUUAGCUUGGGUGGUCUCCGACUUCACGUUCCUUCCUCAAUGGCUCUGCUUGUUGACUUCAACAUAUCACAAUGCUGAUGUUGCCUUUGCUACAUCGGCAGUGCUGUUUUCUCGUAGUUAUAAGUGUUACUAUACAGUCUAGAAGUAUAACAAAAAUAAAGAGAUUUUGUAUAACUUUAAUGAUAUUUUCAUGUUAAAUUAAAUGAUAUUUACU